UUCCUGCCCCUAUGAGGUGUAACCUGUGCAUGGAAGCUUUCACAUAAAUUGUGAUCUGAAAUUCUUUUGAAGACCAUCUUCCAGGUGGAGAAGAUACUACAUACAAUACACAUUCAAGAUAAUUGACCACUUUGAUUGCUUAAAAAACUAAAAAUGUCUGGAAAAAGUGUGUUAUCAUCUAUUAUAAUACUAGCUACCACUCUGCAAGUAAUGUCGUACAGUGUAAAAGUUUCUCCAGAAUACAUUACUGUCGAUGUUGGUACUGAUGCAGUUACAUUUACCUGUACAAUAAAAUUGGGGCUAUUUGAAAUAACGAGUGAAAAUACGAUGAUAAUAUGGUGGAAAGAGAAUGCCCGCAUCGCAAACAAUGACAUGGUAUUGGGUAAUUCUUCAAAGUACAGUGUUAAUGGAGUAUCAUCUUCAGAGAAUAACUACAUGCAAAGUUUACAAGUUAAUGACAUUGAAGAAACUGACCAUGGCAUAUACACAUGUACUUUACUUUUUCCUACAAAACCACCUGACAAUAUAAAACUGUCUACACUUAUUAUAAGGAACCUUAUUCCUCAACCUUUCUGCUCAACCACUUCAGGUGAACCUGGACGACAGAUAGUCUGCACAAGUUCACCAAGUGAUCCCCAAAUAACCUUGACCUGGAUUGAUAAUACUGGUGGUCGUGUCUUGACAUCCCAAGCACAGUUAACAUUUAAUGAAACGUUAUUAUUGUCAUACACAAUUUCUAUUGAAUCAAGCAAUCAGUGGUUCACAUGUAGAGCCACCAGUACAAGAUCAACAGACACAAAGGAAUGUGUCAUUGGCUAUCAGACUUCAAUGACAACAAGUAAAUUGACCUCUUCUGGCAUUUCACAAUCUAAAGGAACUCAUGGUAUUCCUACAACCAUCAGCAUUUCUAGCAUUUCACAAUCUACUGAAGAAAGACAUGAUAUUGCCACAACCAUCAGCCAAGAUCAGCUGUCAGAAAAAGAAAAUCUUUCUUCUGGCCAGAACAAUAAUACAGUUAUUGCUAUAUUGUCGAUUAUUGGAGCUGUAGGUAUAUUGGUUAGUGUGGUAUUAUCCUGUUACAUAUUCACUACUUCUAGAAAAAACAACGGAAAUGGAAAUGUAGAUAGAGAUAGAAAUAGAAAUGAAAAUGGAAAUGGAAACGAAAAUGAAUCUGAAAACAAUGAAGAUGAUGGUUAUGAAAACCCAAUUCAAGUUACAGAUGGUGAAUAUAUGGAUCCAGUUGCAAACAUUCCAAAUCAUUAUCAGCUCCUGAAUAUAUAAUUUUGAGUAAGAUUUGUAUUUUAAGAUUUAAUUUGUUUAAAGUCUACUUCAUUCUUUCUUAAGGUUCUAGUAUUAUGAAUAAUAAAAUAAUUAAUAACAAUAAAAUACACAUUACAGAGAUAACAAAAUUUUUUUUGUACUUGAACAUCAUAAAAUUUGGUAUAAUAUUUUUGAAUCUUGUAAAUAUACCUAAUGUCAAAUUAUAAGGAGCAAUUUACACAAUGAGAGGAUUAGUAGGUAGGCCAAAACUUUGUCCUGAAGAAGGGGACCAAGGAGCAAAGCCCCCACCCCCACCCCGUAAACAAUUUAGAGUCGUAAACAAAGAAUAAAAAAUAUACUACUUCCAAUAAAGUUUUAUAUUCACACAUCUACAGACCCGUAUCAUAGAACUUACUAAUUGGUAUGCAAAUGCUGCCUUCUUGGGGUUAACAACUGGUAGCAUCUCUGGCUGCAUCACACUUGUUUUCCAAGGAGAUGGCAAGAUGGAGUUUCUGCUGGCUACAGUGCUCAUAGAUGACUGAAUCGUAGUAGUUUUCCAUCUUAAUACAUGUAAACAGACAAACAUUAUAAUAUAUGUCUGAAUAUUUUUUUAAAUUUUCCAAACUUUUAUAAAGAAUAAUAUGAUUAAAGUUUGUAUUGUAUCUUCUAAUCUAAUCUAAUCAUUCGUAUAGUGUCUUUCUUUACAGAUAUGAAUCGCUGUAAGUUUUUCCCUAGUCAUUAGGUCCACAUGCUCAUGUUGUGUUGCUGCCAGUGGUGCAAGGCAACCCCACCACAUACCCAUUUAUACUCCUGGUGGAGAAAAGCAACGUAAAAAGUGCCUUGCUCAAGGACAAGCGAAAUGCACAGUAAGGUAUUGAACAUCUCGAGGUUGAGAAACGAAACCGUUUCCUGCUGUGCCAAUUAAACUGC